AUGUAUAAACAACUAGUUCUGGGAGCGGGCCUCCUGUUCGCUUCGACCGCAUUGGCAGCUCCCGUACCUGAGACCAAAAUAGCUUCCAAUGGCGGGUACAUUGUUGUUCUCAAGGAUUCCGUCAAAAACUUCGAGUCUCAUAUCGAAUGGGCCAGGUCUGUUCACAAGCGAAACCUCGCCAAGCGGGACUUGGACGAGAGAACAUACAGCGGUAUCGACUUCACAUAUAGCGGAAGCAAUCACUUCAACGGCUAUGCCGGUCACUUCGACCCAGACACCGUUAAGGAAUUCCGAAAUUCUGGUGAUGUUGACUCUAUGGAAGAGGAUCAGGCUUGGACAAUCGGCACCAUCGACGUCCCCGAGUCAGAGGCAGAGGAGGAUGAGGAGGAAGAGCUAGAGACGAGAGACAUGACAGAGCAAAAGAACGCUACCUGGGGUCUAAGAUCCAUCUCCCAUCGCCAACCGGGCGCUGACAACUACAUCUACGACGAUAACGCUGGCGCCGACACCUACGCAUAUGUAAUUGACAGCGGCAUCCGCAUCACCCACGAAGAGUUUGAGGGCCGCGCCGAGCAAGCCUGGACCGCCUACGAGGACGACCACGAGGACAAGAUCGGCCACGGCACUCACUGCGCUGCCACCAUCGGAGGCAAGAACUACGGCGUUACCAAGAAGACCAAGCUGAUUGGCGUCAAGGUCUUUGACCAAAACUCGACCACGACCUCCAUCAUCAUUGAGGGAAUCGCCUGGGCCUUUGACGACAUCAUUGCUAAGAACCGUACUGGCAAGGCCGUCCUCAGCAUGUCUCUCGGCGGCACUUACUCCCCCACCAUGAACAGAAUCCUCAAGAAUGCCGCCAGGCACGGCAUCAUCCCCGUCGCCGCCGCAGGAAACGACGCCCAGGACAUCUCCAAGGGCUCUCCCUCGUCAGCCGAGGGAGUCAUCACCGUCGGUGCCAUUGACUCGGACUGGACCGUCUACGAGAAGUCCAACUUUGGCAAGAACCUCUCUCUGUACGCCCCCGGUGUGCUGAUCGAGUCUGCCGGCCACACCAGCGACGACUCCAUCGUCAAGAAGACGGGCACAUCCAUGGCUUGCCCUCAUGUUGCCGGCCUCGCCUUGUACGCCAUGACUGUCGAUGGCAUCAGCGGCACCGACAACGUCAAGAAGCACCUGCUCAAGAACGCCACGCCCAACAAGAUCUACGGCGACUUGAACGGGUCGCCAAACUUGAUCGCCAACAACGGCAACUCACAACAAGAAUAA